AACAGAGAACGAGAUGUCAGAAAGAAGAAAAACGUCAAAAACCAAGCAUCGUCCGCAUUUUUUACAUUUUGAUCUGAGAGAAAAUAUUCGCAUUUAGUAAAUAUUUUAUAUUCUGACUCCGUUUAUAAAGAAAAUAUUAUUACAACAUGGAUAAGAUAACACGGAAAAACGUACCAGCAGAAGAUUUAUCAAAUGUGGAGUUUGAGACCAGCGAAGAUGUAGAGGUAGUGCCAACUUUCAAUGCUAUGAACCUCAAGGAGGAGUUGUUGCGUGGUAUUUAUGCUUACGGAUUUGAAAAGCCUUCUGCCAUACAACAACGUAGUAUAAAGCCCAUUGUAAAAGGUCGCGACGUCAUAGCACAAGCUCAAUCUGGUACCGGAAAAACUGCAACAUUCUCAAUCUCAAUUCUACAAAGUUUGGACACUACAUUACGUGAAACACAAGUGCUGUGUUUAUCACCAACUCGCGAGUUAGCGGUUCAAAUACAAAAGGUCAUACUUGCUUUGGGUGAUUUUAUGAAUGUACAGUGCCAUGUAUGCAUUGGUGGUACUAACUUAGGUGAAGAUAUACGCAAACUAGAUUACGGUCAACAUAUUGUGAGUGGAACACCUGGACGAGUGUUUGAUAUGAUUAAGCGACGAGUCUUAAGGACCAGAGCAAUUAAAAUGCUGGUUCUCGAUGAAGCGGAUGAAAUGUUGAACAAAGGUUUCAAAGAACAAAUUUAUGAUGUUUAUCGUUAUCUACCACCAGCAACACAAGUUGUGCUCAUAUCCGCUACAUUACCGCACGAAAUACUCGAAAUGACCUCGAAAUUCAUGACAGAUCCAAUCCGUAUCCUUGUUAAACGCGAUGAAUUGACUCUGGAAGGCAUUAAACAGUUUUUCGUUGCCGUCGAACGGGAGGAAUGGAAGUUCGAUACACUUUGCGAUCUCUAUGAUACAUUAACAAUCACACAAGCCGUAAUUUUCUGCAAUACAAAGCGUAAGGUUGACUGGCUAACAGAAAAAAUGCGUGAAGCAAAUUUUACUGUAAGCUCGAUGCAUGGUGAUAUGCCCCAGAAGGAACGUGAUGAAAUCAUGAAAGAGUUUCGCGCUGGCCAAUCACGUGUACUGAUCACAACGGAUGUGUGGGCGCGUGGCAUUGAUGUACAACAAGUUUCAUUGGUUAUUAAUUAUGAUCUACCAAAUAAUCGUGAAUUGUACAUACAUCGAAUUGGACGUUCCGGUCGUUUUGGACGGAAGGGUGUUGCAAUUAAUUUCGUGAAAUCCGACGAUAUACGUAUUUUACGUGAUAUUGAACAAUAUUAUUCCACACAAAUUGAUGAAAUGCCUAUGAAUGUGGCUGAUUUAAUUUAAUUGAAAAAUUCUAGAUUUAAUUCUCCAAAUGAUUUGUGAAAGUCAGACAAAGAAAGAAGUUGCACUAAAACCUUAGUAAUUAAGUAUUUAGUUGAGAACAAAUAAACUCUUGGAAAUAAAUUAAUUUAACUUUUAAAUAAAUAUAUAACUUACAUAUUCAACUAUAUGCAGUUAACAAAGAUUUGAAUAAAGUAAAUUCAAAACAAAAAUCUA